AGGGGCCCAACUCUGUAACUCGAUUCUACAAAGAAAAUGUGCGAAUUCGCAAAUUUGGUACUCUGUAAUUCUUAUAGAACGCUACAAUGUGCGAAAAUAGAACAGUUCUAGUAGUGCCAAGUACUUUUUACGCACUUUCGCAUAAACGGGGAACUACCGAACUCGUAAGUAGACGCCAAAUUGUAGCAAAACCUCACAAAAUUAUCCGUCAUCAAAUGUGUUGGCGAAAAGAACUGUGCGAAAGUAUUAUUUUUCAAAAUGGAAUCAUCAAAAAAUCCGAACACGAAGACAUCACAAUUUGAACUAAUGGUGCAAUUCAUGACUAGCCAUUCAGAUUUGGCUAAAGGAUAUUUAAAAUCUCCCGAGGCAAGACAAAAGUCCAAACAGUUGUGGCUAAAUUUAUCUGCAAAUUUGAAUGCUGAAGGUCCUCCGCAGCGUGAUGUUGUCGGUUGGAAAAAGGUUUGGGCUGAUUUUAAAGUUCAUACGAAAGCUAAGUUACGAAAAAACAGAAUAAAUAUAUCCGCAACUGGAGGUGGUCCACCUAAAUAUUAUUCUUUGAAUGCUUUAGAAGAGAAAGUAAUUGAGUUGCUAGAUUUAAAUCAAGCAGUUGAUGGGAUGCAAAGGUCUCUAUGCUUCGGUGUUGCACCUACACCUAUCCAUAUUUAAUUAACAAAUAAAAAACUAUGUUGGAAUAAAUUUCGCGCUUUGAGUUAUUAGUUUUUCUCUUUUUAUUUUUGUUCAUGUAAUGUCAAAUAAAUUCGAGCCUCGUUCGAAAAUCGCAAUUUUUCUAGCAAUUCCUUGGCAUUACUGGCAUUCGAUUCUACUUUCAUAGGUAGUGCCACUUAAAAGU